CGACAACGACGAGGAAGCACACAGCCAGAUCGACUUUGUACAUCGGGCCCGAUGUCACUUUUGGUCUACUUCACGACAGGAUGGUCAAGAAGAUCCCCAGCUUCGUCUGCGAUGCGACCGGGAGACAACAGCUUCUCAUUCCCUGAGCAUAUCUGACCCAUCCUCGCACACCUGAAUCACGUACGUCCACCGCGAGCGGAGUACCGUCCUGCAGCGCGUGUCACCGCGAUCGUAUGAUGCGAAUGUCAUGAAUUCCACAGCAGUGACAGCGAGCACCAGGCCUCAGCAAGGCAGGGAAGAAUGACCUCUCUUACAUGCUCGACAGCUCUACAUCGCAUCGGGAUGGCCUAGGAUCAUCACUCCCAUGCCUCGUUGUAGACGGCUACGAGUGUUGCUUACGUAACUCGGCCAAAAUUUAGUCGGGCGGAGAGCGGGAGUGAAAGUGGUCCAACUUCUUCCUACCUUACAUCCUUCAGUUGUUGCGAUCAGGCAGAGAUGGCAACCUCGCCUCCUAUACCGACGGCCAAGAGGCAACGCCUCAACAAUCAGCGCGAGGCUACCCAGAUACAGGCUUUGGCUGAGCAGGGUAAGCUCAAUCCAAGCACGCAGAAUGUCGUUGUCCAGCUCCAAUCCUCCAUCGAUGGCGAGACGUUAGGUCCCGCCAUCAGCCUGCCGGCCGCGAGCACUGGACAGAGGGAGCUGCAAAUGAUUGUCAAUCAGCUGCGUAGACAAGCGCGAAAGGGCAAGAAGAGGAAAGUCGAGGGAGCAUUGGAUGACACCGAUGACGAGGGAAGCGAUGAAGAGGAUGACGAGGAUCGACCAUUUGCGUUUCACCUCGACGUAGCGACGGCCGAAGGUUCCAAUGCACCAACCCGGCUGGACAUUGCCAGCUCCAUCAGCAACGACGUCUUGCAAGUUGCUCUAGCUCGCAAGCUCGAUCUCAGCUCAGAAGACACGCUCCGCAUUGUUUUUGAGCCGCAGGCAGUCUUCCGAGUCAGGCCAAUCAGAAGAUGUAGCGCUACGCUGAGCGGCCACGCUUCUCCCAUCCUCUACUCGUUGGCCUCUCCAUCAUCAUCGCUCUUUCUGACCACGGCCGGCGACAACACAGCCAGGCUGUGGGAUGUGUCGACGGAGAUGCCGCUGCAUACUUUGCAGGGCCAUCGCAAUUGGGUACUCACUGCUGCGUGGGAUCCGCUGGAGAGACGGUGUGCAACGGGAGACAUGGACGGCGUCAUCUACUUGUGGAACAGCAUCGAUCAGGCGUCGUAUGGGCGCAAGGCAUGGGGCAGUAGGACGGGCGAGCAGGUAGAGGAGGAGGCGAGAGCAGCCGCAGCAGCAGAGGCGGCGGCCGCAGAGUCAAAGGACGGGUCGUCAUCAUCUUCGGGUGACCCGACUGCGCGCAUCAAGAUGAAGGCGAAAGAAAAGCGCGCCCUUCGCCACGCUGCGCCGCCAGGCAACAUCCUGCGCGGCCAUACCAAAUGGAUCACGUCCCUUGCCUUUGAGCCAGCGCAUCUCAAUGCCGACUCGCCCAGGUUGGCCUCGUCGUCAAAGGAUGGCACGGUACGUGUAUGGAACACCUCGAACCGCACCUGCGCCUUCACUCUUGCUGCGCACUCUUCCUCGGUCAACCUGGUCCGCUGGGGUGGCGAGAGCGGCGAGAAUGGCGGCGGCGUCCUCUAUACUGCGGCCAAUGACCGCACGGUCAAGAUUUGGGACGGUGCAACAGGCCGUCUCAUCCGUAGCCUCGACGCUCACGCCCACUGGGUCAAUACCAUGGCCCUGUCAACCGACUUCAUCCUACGCAAUGGCGCCUUCGACGAACGCAAAGGCGGCCUCAUCGACGGUCUCUCCCACGCGACGUCAUCACCCUCAGAGAUCCAGGCGGCCUGCUUGAAGCGCUUCCGCAAAUUCACGCAGUCGCAGCCCGAGACGCUCGUCUCUGGCUCGGAGGACCACACGCUCUACUUUUGGCCGCCGCAACUCAAGGGCGACGCAACGCAGGGCGAGGCAGGAGGAGUCACUCCCAAGAAGCCGCUGAAUCGUAUGGUAGGCCACCAGAAGCCUAUCAAUCACGUCUGCUUCUCACCUGACGGCCGCUUGAUCGCUUCUGCCUCGUUUGACGGGUCGGUACGUCUUUGGUCUGGCACGGAGAAAGGCAAGUUCAUCGCUACGCUGCGUGGCCAUGUCUCUAGUGUCUAUCGUCUCAGCUGGUCUUGCGACUCGAGGUUACUGGUGAGCGCGAGCAAGGAUUCGACGAUGAAGAUUUGGGACCUGAAGACGUACAAGAUCAAGGUGGAUCUGCCUGGACAUGGCGAUGAGGUUUACUGUGUGGACUGGGUCGGGGAUAAGAUCGCGAGUGGUGGGAGGGAUAGGCAAGUGAGGAUUUGGAGAGCUUGAGCGUGUCAAGCAUGCAAUGCAAUCGCCCUCCUCGCCUCACGUUCACG